AUGAAAACUACAAACAGCACAAUUUCUUCACCAGAAGAAUUUGUUCUUUCUGGUUUCCCAGGAGUUCAGGGUUGGGUAUCUAUUCCUUUCUGUACAAUGUAUGUUUUAACAUUAUUAGGUAACUUGACAAUUUUGAUAACUAUUAAAUGUGAAGAAAGUCUUCAAGAGCCAAUGUACAUGUUUAUGUGUAUGUUGGCUACAGCAGAUAUUGCUUUAAGUAGCUCUGUUCUGCCAAGGAUGUUAGUGAUGUUAUGGUUUGAUGCUAAUACUAUUAGCAGGGACGCAUGUUUCCUUCAACUGUUUUUUGUUCACUCUUUCACAGUAAUGGCAUCAUCUGUUCUGCUUGCUAUGUCAUUUGAUCGAUACUUAGCGAUCUGUUAUCCAUUACAAUAUGCAAAUGUUUUUUCAAAGUCUCUCAUUAAAAAGAUUGCUGCUCUGUGUAUAACAAGAGGUUUUAUUCUCAUUAUUCCUGAACCAGUGUUUGCUUCUAAGGUAUCUUACUGCAGUUCAAAUGUGCUUCCCACAUCAUACUGUGAUUUUCUGUCAUUAAUUAAAAUUGGAUGUUCUGAAUCAACACUCAAUAGUGUGUAUGGGUUAGCAGUUGCAUUUGUUGUAAUUGCAGAUGCUGGUUUUAUUAUGUUUUCCUAUGCCAAAAUUCUUAGUACUGUUCUAAAGCUUGCAUCUGGUGAGGAACGUCAAAAAGCUAUAAACACUUGUGGUUCACACCUUUUUGUAUUAUUGUUCACUUAUAAUACAGCUUUAUUCUCAUUUGUUACACAUAGAUUUGUUAAAGGAAUUUCUCCUCCUUUACUUGUAGCCUUCUCCUGCUUAUAUAUGGUACUGCCAGCAAUGUUAAGUCCAAUCAUUUAUGGUGUGAGAACAAAAGAGAUAAGAAAAAACAUCUUCAAACAUUUCACAAAGAAGUAA